CCCUGUUUGAACUUUCAAUCCUCGGCGGCGGUGGACGAGGAUGUUCUUGGAGAAGCCGUCGCUAGUCCGCCACUCGAAUGCUGCGGGUCGAGACUGCGCGAUCUAUGGCAUCGACGCGCAUCCGACCGAGCCCAAGUUUGCGACCGCAGGCGGUGACAACUGCGUCAAGAUCUGGUCCAUGACGCCGUCACCAGAUCAAGAAGGGCCAGUGUACGAGCUCUUGGCCACGUUAGCCUGGCACGAGCAAGCAGUGAAUUGCGUACGCUGGUCCCACAGCGGCAAAUACCUCGCGUCGGGCUCGGACGACCACUCAGUGCUCAUCUACGAGCUACAAGAAGGCGAGCCGUCGGCGGUGCCCUUUGGCUCGAACCGAGAGCCCAACAAGGAAAAAUGGGUCCGCUGCGCCAUGCUCAAGAACCACACGAUGGAUGUGCAGGACGUCGCGUGGUCGCCGGACGACCGCAUGCUGGCGACGUGCAGUAUCGACAACUCGAUUUUGAUCUGGUCGAUGGACCAACUCUCGGCUGUGAUGACGCACCCGAUCCAGCACCUCACAGGGCACAAUGGCUGGGUCAAAGGCGUGGCCUGGGAUCCCGUUGGCAAGUACUUGACGAGUGCUGGCGAAGACAAGUCGGUCAUCGUGUGGCGCGUGGAUACGUGGGAAAUUGAGGAGAAGAUUGAAGCGCCGUUCGAGCACUGCGCCAGUACGUCGCACUUUCGCCGGCUCUCGUGGGCACCCGACGGCAGCCUCCUCUGUGCCACCCACGCCCACAUCUCCAAACAAGACGUCGGUGCCUUCAUCCAGCGCAAGUCGUGGGCGAAUGACGUCAACCUUGUCGGGCACCGGGGCGUCGUGACGUGUGCCCGCUUCAACCCGCGUCUCUUUGCCAAGACGGCCAAUCAAGAAUUUGCGUGCUGUGCGCUCGGCGGGGAUGACUGCACCGUGACGAUUUGGCUCGCACACGUCGCGCGACCGCUCGUGGCUGUCACCGAGUGUUUUGACGCGUCCGUGACCGAUCUGAGUUGGUCCCACGACGGCUUUACGCUCCUCUGUGCGUCCUUGGACGGCGCUGUCUGCGUCUUCCAGCUCACGGCGGACGAGCUCGGAACGCCCAUGACACCGCAAGAGCAGAGCCGACUGUUGCAGCAAAAGUACGGAUCGUUGGCCGGCCGAACCUCGGGCAGUACGUUGAUCGAAGACCCGCUGCAGCUCGAGCUAGAAGCACGCCAACAGCAAGCCGCGCCGACGCAGUUGGAUCGCUUGGCCAAGCGCCUGACGCCCCUCGGCGCCUCCAACGCGACGCUGGAUCUACCACCGACCGCGUCAGCCCCGACAGUAUUUGAACCGGCGCCGGCACCAACUGUGUUUACGCUCACGGCGCGCCCCAAGACAAAACCAUCGGACGCACCAACGCCAGCCAACACGCCCGUCUCGGUGCUCGUGCCCCGUCCCAAGAGCAAGGACGCCGUUACGACGCUAGUCGCUCGGCCCAAAGUGCUCAAGAAACCCGAGACGAGCAGCAAGGAGGCCGAGGACGAGGACAACGAGCCCAUCAUCAAGCGCAAACGCAUGCUCGAGACGACGCCCAAGCCACGGGCCAACGCCAACACACUCCUCGUGGUCGAUGUCGACGACAAGCAAGAUGUCUUUCCUGAGCUAACGUCGCGGGCGCUGUUCACGCACACGAUUGCGCUGCCCCGGGGCACGACCCGCGUCCUCGAAUGCAAGCUCGGCGACGACUACUCGUCCAUCACGUGCACGGACGCGGGGGCGUGUCAGUGGAUGGACCGUCUGCCUGGCGUCGUCGUGCGCAUGGUCGGCAACGAAGCGUUCUGCGCCUUUGGCACGACGGACGGCAGUUUGUACGUGCUCUCGGCGUCGGGCCGGCGUCUCUUUCCCUGCAUUGCGCUGGGCCAUGAGCUCGCAGCGCUGGAAGUGAGUCCGCAGACCUCGCCGUACCUUCUCGCGAUUCUUCGCAAUGGCGACGUCAAGACGUGGAACGUGCUGACGCCGCGUGCGGCUGUGACCACGUCGCUCCGCUCUGUGGCGACGGUCAAGUCGACGCUGAUUCGAUCGCAUGUGACGGCGACGGGCCAGCCGAUCGUGACGAUGGCGCUGUCAGGGGCCGAGCGCAGCCGCCUGCACUCGUUCACGUUUGAUCUCGCCAUGCUGUGCUGGAUGCGUGUGGCGGACGACCAUUUCUCGUACUCGGACUUUCAGACGUCGCUGUCGACGGAUGCGGUCGUCGCCGCCGACGUGCCGGUGGGCCCGCUCCGCCGGCUCCAGAACGCGUCGACGCAUUCGCGGUCGGCCAAGCACAUGCUGUCGGGCAUGACCAACAUGGUGCUCCAGCGCCAUGUGACGCGGACACACCUCGAGCACCAAUUGGCUGCGUCAAUGGCACUCGAGAGUGCGACCGAGUACAACUACUGGCUCAAGGUCUAUGCACGGUACCUUGCGCAGGAAGGGGAUGUUGCACGGCUGGAAGAGCUCUGCUCGGAGCUCCUUGGCCCGCUCUCAGCGUCGGGUAGCGCCACCACAAUUCAUGGCGAGGCAGCGUGGCACCCACGUGUCUUGGGCGCGUCCAAGCGCGACCUUCUCCGAACGAUCGUGAUGCCGCAAAUGGCCUCCAACCGCGUGCUCCAGCGACUGGUGCUCAAGUACCAAGUGCAGCUUGACGAAGCGCGGCCGUAGACGGCGCUGCGAGUACAAUGCUUGGCCCGUUCGAGUAGCCGUGAGGUGGACUGUCGCCAGGAAUACUAAGAUCAUCCUCAUCCUUUCG